CAGGGUGCCCACAAGGAAAAGAGGCCAUCUUGCUGCCCUUGGUGCUAGCACCCUGGCUGCCCCGGUGGCCAAGUGGGCUCCGUGCAGAGCCAGGCCUGGACAGGCUCCGCUGGGCUGGGUGUGUGGGAGGGACGGUGCGGUCUGAGCUGAGAGGAGUCACCAGGGGACUCUCAGGGCCUCCAGCCAGCCACAGGCAUGGCCAGGGGAGAGUGUGAGUGAGUCCAGAGCAGGGCGCCCUGCCCCCAGCAGACACAACAAGGGGCCGUCGGCUCAAGCUCCACCAGCUGAGUAUAAAUAUAAACAAUGUUGAGCCAGAGGAACCUGCUGAGGAGGCAGAAGAAAUAAAACAGCAUAUUGCAGAAGACUCAUUCUGUGCUGAUGUCCAGGUGCAAACUUCCUAUGUUGACAUACCACCAGGAAAUAGGUGGCGUUGGUCGUGAUUACAAACAGAAGCUCAGGUGCAAACCUCAAAUCUUGAACUACCAGACGAAGAGACUUUCCUCCCAUUUGAAAGUGAGGUCCAGGUACAAACCUCAGAUCUUGAAAUAUUAGAGGAGGAGACUUCAUUGCCAUCGCAAACGGAGGCCCAGGUGCAAACAUCACUUAUUGAAGUACUAGAUACGGAGAGUUUAUUCCCCAUCGAAAGUGAGCCCCUGGAGCAGACCCCAGAUCUUGACUUUCAAGACAUGCAGGUGAAGAAUUUAUUCCCAUUAUUUGUUGAAGUUGAAGUGCAAACCUCAUAUGUAGACAUACCAGCAGGGAAUAAGUGGCGUUCGACACAACUACAAGCCGAGGCCCAAGUGCAAACCUCAAAUCAUGAAUUAUUAAAGACACUUUCUUCCCUCUCACAAAAGGAAGCCCAGGUGCAAACCUCCAAACUUUCAAUAACAGAAGCAGAGGAGGUGCCUCUUUUCCCAUCACUAACCGAGGCCCAGGUGCAAACUUCAAGACUUGCAUUAACAGAAAUGGAGGAGGAGGUGGCCCCAUUCCUGGUAGAAGAAAAGCCUGUCCCCACAACUCAAAGUGAAGCUGCUGUGCAAACCUCGUAUGUGGACAUACCAGCAGGGAAUAAGUGGCGUUCGACACGGCUACAAGCUGAGGCCCAGGUACAAACGUCAAGUAUUGAGUUACUGAAGAAGCUUUCUUCCCUCUUAGUAACUGAGGCCCAGGUGCAAACGUCAAGUAUUGAGUUACUGAAGACGCUUUCUUCCCCAUCGCUAACCGAGGCCCAGGUGCAAACCUCUAAACUUGCAGUAACAGAAGCAGAGGAGGUGCCUCUUUCCUCCUCACUAACCGAGACCCAGGUGCAAACCUCUGAACUUGCAGUAACAGAAGCAGAGGAGGUGCCUCUUUCCUCCUCACUAACCGAGACCCAGGUGCAAACCUCUGAACUUGCAGUAACAGAAGCAGAGGAGGUGCCUCUUUCCCCCUCACUAACCGAGGCCCAGGUGCAAACCUCCGAACUUGCAGUAACAGAAGCAGAGGAGGAGGAAGCCCCAUUCCCAAUAGAAGAAAAGCCUCUCACCAAAACCGUAGCUGACGCUGCUGUGCAAACCUCAUAUGUGGACAUACCAGCAGGGAAUAAAUGGCUUUUGACACGGCUACAAGCUGAGGCCCAAGUGCAAACCUCAGGUAUUAAGUUACUGAAAAAGCUUUCUUCCCUCUUAGUAAACAAGGCCCAGGUGCAAACGUCAAGUAUUGAGUUACUGAAGAAGCUUUCUUCCCCAUCACUAACCGAGGCCCAGGUGCAAACCUCCAAACUUGCAGUAACAGAAGCAGAGGAGGAGGAAGCCCCAUUCCCAAUAGAAGAAAAGCCUCUCACCCAAACCGUAGCUGACGCUGCUGUGCAAAUCUCAUAUGUGGACAUACAGGUAGGGAAUAAGUGGCGCUUGUCACGGCUACAAGCUGAGGCUCAGGUACAAACGUCAAGUAUUGAGUUACUAAAGAAGCUUUCUUCCCUCUUAGUAACUGAGGCCCAGGUGCAAACGUCAAGUAUUGAGUUACUGAAGACGCUUUCUUCCCUCUUAGUAACUGAGGCCCAGGUGCAAACGUCAAGUAUUGAGUUACUGAAGACGCUUUCUUCCCUCUUAGUAACUGAGGCCCAGGUGCAAACGUCAAGUAUUGAGUUACUGAAGACGCUUUCUUCCCCAUCACUAACCGAGGCCCAGGUGCAAACCUCCAAACUUGCAGUAGCAGAAGCAGAGGAGGUGCCUCUUUCCCCCUCACUAACCGUGGCCCAGGUGCAAACCUCCAAACUUGCAGUAACGGAAGUGGAGGAGAUGCCUCUUUCCCCCUCACUAACUCAGGUCGAGAUGCAAACCUCCAAACUUGCAGAAGCAGAAGCAAAGACGACCUUUCCUUCCCCAUCACAAACUGAGGUUCACAUCCAGUCUUCGUAUUUUGAAGUACCAGAGUUGGAGGAUGAGAUGCCCAGAACCCCAAUCAAAGAGAAGCCCCUCCCCCUAACACUGAUGGAGGCCCAGGUGCAAACUUCGUAUGUAGACAUACCAGCAGGGAAUAAGUGGCGUUCGUCACGACUACAAGUGGAAGCCAAGGUGCAAACCUCCAGGCUUGAACUGCCAGAAGCAAAAGAGAAGGCUCCUUCCCUAUCCCAAACACAGGCUGAGAUGCAAACCACCAGGGUUGAAAUAACAGAAGAGAAAGCAGCACCUCUGACUCCUCCAGAUGUUAAAAUAUUAGAAGAGGAGAUGCUGAAGGAGGAGGUAGAGCUGAAGCUUCCAUGCCCUGAAUAUACCGAGGCCCUGGUGCAGACCUCACUUGUUGAAAUACCUGUGGGGCAGAAGAGGCGUUCAUCCCGUUUAUGUACCGAGGCCCAGGUGCAAACUUCAUAUCAAGAACUCCCAGUUGUGAAGAGCAAGACUUUGCCUCCACAAGGUACUGGGGUGGUAAAGAAGGUCACUGAGCAUGCAGCAUCGAAGAAACUAGCAAAAACCUCGACACGAGCAACACCAAUAUCUGUGCACUUACAUGUAAAGAUGACUCCACGGCGCCGGAAUGGGAAUAAAAAGAACUAGUAAAAACUUGAAUUUAAACAAAUAAAACCUUGUAAAAUAACAAACUUAACCUGUGAGAUUUU